AUGGCGGUGGGGGGGUCCUCUGCUCGGGCUGGAGGUUCAAGUUGGACCUGGCGGCCGGUGGCGCAAGACCCGCUUCUAGCUCGAGGCUUCCAUUCAUGCACGGAACUACGGGGGCGGUUCUAUCUGGUGGGGGGCCUCCCAACAGGAGAAGCCAGACAGCCCAGCAGCGACACGGUAGUCUUCGACCCAGCUGAGGAACUGGUAGUGCGACUGGGAGCCCGGGGCAGCCCCCCGCGGAGUCACCAUGACGCAGCAGCUGUGGGCGGUCGCUGGCUCUGCGUGGUGGGUGGCUGGGACGGGUCGCGCCGUCUGUCCGCAGUGGCCGCCCUGGACACAGAGCGCGGAGUGUGGGAGUCGUGGACAGCGGCCCCGGGCAACAGCCCCCCUGCAGGCCUCAGUAGUCACACGUGCACCCGCUUGUCCGACCGAGAGCUGCAGGUGGCUGGCCGAGAGGGUGGGAUCCGCACUCAGCGCUGCCAUGGAAGUAUCUACACGUUAAAGCUGGACCCGGGGACCCACACCUAUUGCUACAAGGAAGACGGCCACACAGCCUCCCGCUCAGGCCACUGUGCAGCCCUGGUCGCGGCUCCCGGGCCCCACCCAGGGCAUCAGCUCUUGCUCUUCGGGGGCUGCAGUGCAGCCGAAACAGAAGUAGCUGGACGCUGGAGUCCCGGGAAGAUUAAGGAGGAACCACCUGUUGCCCCACAUUUGACAGAACAGCUUGCAAAGCUUGUGAGCAGCGCACAGGGGUCCCUGCAAGGACCCCAGGGACUACGGCAUCACUCAUGUUCUGUGGUGGGACCCUUUGUCGUGCUGUUUGGUGGAGAAAGUCUGACCAGAGCAAGAGACACCAUCUGCAAUGACCUCUACAUCUAUGAUACCCGCAAGUCGGCUUCUCCGUGGUUCCACUUCCCCUGUGCAGACCGUGGGCUGAAACGCAAGGGCCACCGCACCUGCCUCUGGAAUGACCAGCUUUACCUGGUUGGGGGUUUCGGUGAGGAUGGCAGGACAGCUAGUGCACAGGUCUGCAUCCUGGAUCUCUUUAUCUGAAGAGCAGUGCUAAGACGCACCACCAAGUCUGUUGUGCUGCAAACCCACCAAGGGGCUAGCACCACGACUGACUCACCCCAGAUGCUUAUUAAAUUUCAAUCUGAUAG